AUGAGAUUUGUUUCCCAUCCCUUCAAAAUAGGCUCAUUUCCCUCCCUCUUCUGCUGCCCGUUGUUUUUUGGUCUCUCCUUGCUUCACCUCUCUCCUUCCAAACCAUCAUCGUCCAACACUCCGCGAGUUAUUCGCUGUCACUCUUUUCGGACGGGUAACAAGAAAAAGCAAAAACCUCUUUAUUUUUCCAACAUUUCUAGCGUUCACGAGUUGACGACUACCCCCUUUCUCACGACGAAUCACAACAACAAGCGAAAAACAGCAAACCAAUCUUUCAAAAUGCAGCUCACCAACACUCUCGUCGUUCUCUCGGCCGCCCUCUCCGCCGGCGUGUCCGCUCACCCUUCCCUCCACGGUCACCAGCACUUCCACGAGCGCCGUGCCGACGUCGACGAGCGCGACCUGACCUUCAUCAAGAACAAGGCUCCCGUCCCCAGCCCCUCCGUCGUCUCGUCCAGCAGCAGCGCCGCUCCCUCCGCCACCCCUACCACCGCUGCCACCGGCGAGUACAUCCCCUUCUGCAGCGGCAAGUCCAAGCGCGCGACCCUCGACCAGAUCGCCUACUCUGGCAACACCGGUGCCGAGGGCUCCUGGGGCUGCAACAUGCAGAUCAUUGACGAGUCCAUCAAGAGCCUGUACAACUACACCACCACCUUCACCUCCUCCCAGGACACCUACACCUGCUCCUGCUUCAACAAGAUCGGCCCCAAGGGCCUGAUUGACGGCUGCUGGUUCGCCGCCAUCACCUUCUCCGUCAAGGAGGGCCAGUCCAAGCACGUCGCCUUCGAGGCCGACUCCCAGGGCUCCUGCGCCUGCGGCCCCGGCUCCGACGUCCCCAAGACCUUCAUCGGCCAGUUCGCCGGCACCUGGCUCGAGUUCGACUGGGGUUCCACCCCCAACGGCGGCAACUCCGGUGCCGACGCCUCCGUCCUCGUCGCCGGCGCCACCGGCAUGAAGUACUACGGCAUGAAGGUCGCCGCCAACGGCAAGACCUGCUCGUGGGUCAAGUCCGACGGCUCCAACGAGGGUGCUUACAUGCCCGGUAUGGAGGCCGAGGACGGUGUCGGCUGCAAGGGCUACCACACCGGCCACCUCGACGUCACCCUCGGCGACAAGUUCACCGCUUAA